AAAGAAUAAGAAAGAGAAACUUCACGGUGGGAGAAAAAGCCGGGAAGAGAAACUCUGCUUGGGAAAAUCUUCGAUGGAGGAGGGUUUAGAGAAGAGAGAAUUGGAAGGUGCAGUGGUUGGCAAAGUUGCAGAAGUGAUAUCUGCUAUAAAGAAUGCGAAGGACGUUGAUGAAGUCAUUUGCGCACUUCACUCCAUGGCCAUCCUCCUUUUCCCUCUCGACCCCUCUCUUCUCUCAGGUAGUAUUGAUGAGAGUUUCCGAAACCAGGUCUUCAGCGCCAAAGUUCCUUCUGCAGAAGAACGAGAUGGUUGGUGGCAUGCAUUUUACCGAGGAGCUGCUUUUCCUACACUGGCUAGGUUCUUGUUACUUGAUGUUGCCCCCAAUUGGUUGGCUUGUUUCCCCUUUUCAGCACAGAAACAUGUUUAUGAUGUUUUCUUUGUUCAUGGAUUUCUCACUGAGGUGCUGCAGAUUUUGGUUCCUUUUCUCCAGCAGAAUGGGAGUCAUGGUCUUGAUGUUAAUGCUGUCCUCUCAAAUUCCGAAAGACUGCUUGUACUGUGUUUGAUUGAAAAUAAUGGGGUGCUGCGGUUAGCAAGAGAGUUUGGUGGUUCUUCUAAAUCAGAAGGUUUUACAAAUGAACAGAUCAAGCUGGAUGUAUCUAGGGUGGCUCAGAUUGUUGCCUCUAUUCCUGACAAAUCAAGAAUGAACUCCCCAUCUUCAUUGUCAUCUCAUUUGUUCUUCAAGCAGAUUAUUGACCAACUACUCUCCGUGGCAGAAGAAAGAGAGAUGAUUUUGCUAGAAAAUGUAGACACCUUGGAUGAAAUGGACAAAAAUGGUGCACUGUUAUUUGUAGGGGAAAUGUUUUCUCGCAUUUGUCGCCGUGGCUCUGCUGAUCAGUUAUCAAGCGAAUUAAUACCCCGAGUUCUAAGACUUGUCAACAGCUGCUUAUCAUCAAGUAACAAUUCAGUUACUAAGGAAUUGCUUGAAUCAAAACCGGACUCAAUGUUUUGGUUGAGACUGAUGGAAUCAAUCAGGGAUCCUUAUACCAUGGAAAGAAUCUCUGAGCAGAUAUUGCAUAAGCUAGCAACUCAACAUGCAAAUGAUGUUCAAGCCUAUUGGGUCCUGUGGCUGUUAUUCCACCGAAAUUUUAAGCUUCAGGUUUCUGUCAGGUCCAUGUUUGUUGACAAAUUCCUGCUCUGGAAAGUAUUUCCUUUUAGCUGCCUGAAAUGGAUCCUUCAAUUUGCUGUUCUUGAGUGUCCACCUAGUACCUCCUUAUCAGAACAUAAUCGCCCUGGGUUCUUGAAAAUUGUACAACAUCUGUUGGCAGCAUGGUCUAAGAAAGAAUUUGUGCAAACAGCACCUACCGAACAACAAGCUUAUAUAUCUGCUGCACUAGGCCUUUCUCUGGAGACAAUGUCUAAGGAAGAAUUGGAUGGGAUGAAGGAUGCCAUGCACUUGAUUCUUCAAGGAGUUAGCUGUAGGCUGGAGAGUCCUAAUCAUUUAGUUCGAAAAAUGGCUAGCAGUAUUGCUUUGGCAUUGUCUAAAAUUAUUGAUCCAAAAAAUCCUCUGUACCUUGAUGAUAGCUGCAGUGGGGAGACAAUUGAUUGGGAAUUUGGAUUCACUGUCCCAAAGAAAGAGACUCUAGCUGCCGCAAAUUGCAGAGAAAAAGGUGUUGAGGAAACAAAAAUCUCUAUAAUGUCAGGUCCGGAGACGGAUUGUGAUUCCCCUUCCAAUAAAGAGAGAGGCAUUAAUGUAAGGAGUAAAAAGAAGUUAUUGGCCUUUAAUGUGCUUGAUCCAGAUGAGAUUAUUGAUCCAGCAGCACUGAAUAUUGAAUCAGACGUUAAUGAUGAGGAUGAUGGCGAUGGUGCGAGUGAGAAUUCAUAUUCCUCAAGUGAUUCAUCUUUACAGCCAUAUGAUUUGUCAGAUGAUGACUCAGAUUUGAAAAGAAACUUUUCACAGUUGGCUGAUGUGGUUGCGGCUCUUAGAAAAUCUGAUGAUGCUGAUGGGGUGGAAAGAGCUCUUGAUGUAGCUGAGACGCUCAUAAGAGCUUCCCCAGAUGAACUAAAACACGCAGCAAGGGAUCUAACCAGAACUCUUGUUCAGGUUCGUUGCUCUGAUAUUGCUUUAGAAGGUGCAGAAGAAUCAGUGGAAGACAAAAGACAAAGAGCGUUAGUUGCCUUGGCAGUCACCUGCCCAUUUGAAUCACUUGACACACUAAACAAGCUUUUGUAUUCACCUAAUGUAGAUAUUAGUCAACGCAUUAUGAUACUAGAUGUCAUGACAGAAGCAGCUCGGGAGCUUGCUGACUCAAAAAUUAUGAAACCCAAACAUCAGACUAGUUCCCUUAUUUCUGUUGUUUCAGAUACCCGACCUUGGUUCUUGCCUAGCAGCACAGGGAUUUCUGGAGCUGGUUCCUGGAAAGAGAUCUCAGGUACUGGCAGCUGGUUGAAUUGGUCAAAUAGCUAUGAGAGAGAACUUCCCUCGAAACCUAAUCAGGUCAAGAAAGGGAAAUCACGCCGGUGGAGCCUAAGAUCUCCUUCUGCUCAACAAAACCAGAUGGAGUGUUCUCAUAACAAGUUUCCCAUGUAUGCUGCUGCAUUCAUGCUUCCUGCCAUGGAAGGGUAUGAUAAAAAAAGGCACGGUGUUGACUUGCUCGGCAGGGAUUUUAUUGUCUUGGGGAAACUCAUUUAUAUGCUUGGGGUUUGUAUGAAAUCUGUAGCCAUGCAUCCAGAAGCAUCUGUGCUGGCUCCCUCGCUUCUGGAUAUGUUAAGAUCCAGAGAGUUAUGCCAUCACAAGGAAGCAUAUGUGAGAAAAGCUGUCCUCUUUGCAGCUGCAUGCAUAUUGAUGGCUCUUCAUCCUGCUUACAUUUCAUCUGCUUUACUUGAAGGAAAUGUUGAAAUUUCCACUGGCCUCGAAUGGAUUCGCACAUGGGCCCUUGAUGUAGCUGAGUCAGACACAGAUAAAGAAUGCUAUAUGAUGGCUAGGACAUGUAUACAACUCCAUGCUGAGAUGGCUCUUCAAACUUCCCGAGCAUUGGAGUCAGCAAGAAGUUCACUCAAGGCAGGUCCUACUCUCCCUUCUGAUGCAUCCAAAGUGUCCAUUAAAAUUCCCUACUUAAACGGUGAUUAGUUGUCCUACUGGCUAUUGUGAAUGGCUUCAUUUAAUAUGAAUUCAAAAUUGUACUAAUUAUCACUCUGCUACUCGUUUCCUUGUUCAUUAAACUUUUGAUCCACUCCUUGUAUAUUUUUAAAAGUUACAUUUAUUUUAGGUUUCUAGGUUCAGCAUUUUGUACGACACCAAUGUUCAUAUA